AUAUAAACCCCUCAUUCCCUACUCCAAUACAUCAACCAAAAACAUCUCAAUAACCAUACAAUAUAUGAAGUAAUUCCUUAAUAGAACUUCACAUUGUUAUUUUUGAUAUCAUCAAAAUAUAGUGCGAGUAAAAUGGGAGCAAGAUUGUCUACAAUCCCAGAGAAUAGAUCAUCUGUGGUUACAGCAACCGCAGUUCCGGCUCCAUGCCCUCCGGCUUACAAUAAACCGGCUGCUAAUCGUGACCGCUACCGUUGGUCUAACACCUAUACUGAUAAUAGGGCACACGCUGCUCCUGUCUGUGCUACAUUACCCCCUGCUUAUUCCAACCCCUCUAAUGAUAAUAAAAACUUUAUGGCCCCUUCUUAUUCUGCCUCUAGGGUCCCAUCUGUUGUUGUCGAUGGAGGCGGCAAUGUUGCUGGUGGCGGUGGUGAUGCUGGUAGGGCUGUCAAAGUCGCCGAUACCAAGGAAAUCAUUGCCUUUCAUUCCUCUACCAAGUGGAAGGAAUAUUUUGAAGCCUCCAAGCAGUCUAACAAGCUGGUUGUGAUAUAUUUCACGGCGACAUGGUGUGGACCAUGCCGUUACAUGGAGCCAACCAUCAAAGAGAUAGCUGCUAAAUACAAUGAUGUUGAGGUGGUCAAGAUUGACGUGGAUGAGUUAUUUAAUGUAUCGCGUGAGUAUGGAGUACAAGCAAUGCCAACAUUCUUGCUCGUGAAGAAGGGAAAGCAAAUUGACAAGGUUGUCGGAGCCAGGAAGGAAGAUCUUCAGAAUAAGGUUGAGAAGCACGGGGCUUAAUUUGCAGUGCUUGGUUCUUAGAGUAUAGUAGUAGUAUCAAGCUAAACUAGUUUUAGUUAGUGAAGCAUCAAUAAAAGUUUGAUCAAUGAGCGUUUUCUUUACCU